UCUCCUCUAAUUUGAUCAAUCAUGGCGGAAGCACUUGUGGGUGGAGCUUUUCUCUCUGCUUUCAUUAACGUUGUUUUGGAGAGGGUGUCUUCAGCUGAGUUUGUGAAGUUGAUCCAAGGAAAGAAGCUUGACCAAGACUUGCUGCAAAGGUUGAAUAAUGCUCUCUGUGCAGCUGAAGUUCUGCUUAUUGAUGCUGAGCAGAAGCAAAUCAAUAACCCAAGUGUCAAGAACUGGCUCCAUAAUCUCAGGGAUGCUGUCUACGUAGCUGAUGACUUGUUAGAUCGUGUUUUCACCCAAGCUGCAACUCAGAAGAAGGUUAGUAACUUUCUCCCUCGCUUUCUUCAUUUCCAAGAUAGGGAGAUUGUCAAUAAGAUGGAAGAGGUUGUUAGAAGAAUAGAAGAUAUUGAAAAUCGCAAGUAUAUCCUAGAUCUCAAACACAUUACCAGGGAGAACUUCUCUUGGAGGACUCCCUCUACUUCUCUCGUCAAAGGGAAUAUAUAUGGCAGGGAGAAUGACCAAGAUGCAGUUACUCAUAUAUUGAAAGAUGAUACUGAUGAUCAAAUAUCUGUGAUCCCUAUUGUGGGUAUAGGUGGUGUUGGAAAAACCACUUUAGCCCAAUGGGUGUAUAAUAAUGAAAAUUUGAUGAAGGAGUUUGAUUUGAAAGCAUGGGUUUGUGUUUCUGAAGAAUUUGAUAUUGUUAAGACUACAAAGACUAUAAUAGAGUCACUUACCUCUGGUGUUUGUAAGAAGAUGGAUUUAGAUUUACUUCAACUUGAUUUGAAGGAAAGAAUAGCAGGAAAGAAAUUCUUUUUUGUUCUGGAUGAUGUUUGGAGUGAUGAUUAUGAUGGUUGGAGUAGUUUUAAAACACCUUUUCAAUAUGGGAUUAAGGGAAGUAAAAUUCUCGUGACAACUCGUAGUGAAAAGGUUGCUGCCGUUGUCCAAACUUGCCUACCUUACCAUGUAAAUCAUUUGUCCGAUGAACAGUGUUGGUCAGUGUUUGCAGAUCAUGCGUGUUUUCCCAAAGCUAACGGGAAUUUGAUUCUAGAAAACAUUGGUCGGGAGAUUGUUAAGAAGUGCAAGGGAUUACCUUUAGCAGCGCAAACACUUGGAGGCCUUUUGCGAGCAAAACACAAUAUCAAGGAUUGGAAUGCUAUACUCACUAAUGAAAUGUGGGGGUUUUCUGCUAACGACAGUAAGAUCAUUCCAGCAUUGAGAAUAAGUUAUUACCAUCUCCCUCCACCUUUAAAACGUUGCUUUGCUUAUUGUUCUCUUUAUCCCAAGGAUUAUAAAUUUGGAAAAGAUGAAUUAAUCUUAUUAUGGAUGGCAGAAGGUCUUUUAGAGCAACCAAAGAAAGGAAAGACUUUAGAAGAAGUAGGUGCUGAAUAUUUUGAUGAAUUAGCUUCCAGAUUAUUUUUCAAACAACUUGAAAAUGAUAAUGACAAUCAUUUCGUGAUGCAUGAUCUCAUGCAUGACCUUGCGAUAUCUGUUGCUGGAGACUUCUAUUUUAGGUCAGAAGAACUUGGGACGGUUGACAAGAUUAAGAUUCAUACUCGUCAUCUGUCUUAUGGAAGGUUGAGUCAUCCAAUCUCAAAAAAUUUCAAUGCUAUUGAUGAAUUAAAAUUUUUAAGAACUAUUUUGCAAGUUGAUUUCUCACGUCCUUCGUUCAGCUUUGAAAGUGCCAUUUUGAUCAUACUAUCAAAGUUUAAUUACCUAAGAGUUUUGUCAUUCAACAGUUGUCGGGAACUUGAUAUAUUGCCUGAUUCUAUAGGUGAAUUGAUCCAUCUACGUUAUUUGGAUCUCUCUCAGACAAGUAUCAAAACAUUGCCAGAAUCAUUGACCAAAUUGUACCAUCUACAAACACUGAAGCUGUAUGAAUGUUAUAGUCUAACUAUGUUGCCAAGUGGCAUGCAAAAUCUUGUGAACUUACGACAUCUUGAUACAAGAGAAAGUUCUUUGAAAGAGAUGCCUGGGGGAAUGAGCAAACUAAAACAUUUGCAGUUUUUAAGGGAAUUCGUCGUGGGCAAACAUGAAGAUAAUGGCAUAAAGGAAUUAGGAGGCCUUUCAAAUCUUCACGGAUCAUUGCUGAUUCGUGACUUGGAAAAUGUUACUGACAGUGGUGAAGCAGCAGAGGCAAGAAUAAUGGAUAAGGCUUUCAUAAAAAGGUUGUCCUUGCGGUGCUCUAGGGAUAGUGAUUUGAAUACAACCUCAUCGCAUGCUGAAAGAGAAGUAUAUGACAAGUUACAACCUCACAAUGGCCUAGAAUAUCUAUUCAUCGUGAACUACAGGGGUACGAGAUUUCCAGAUUGGGUAGGACAUUCUUCCUACCACAGUAUGACUGAAGUAUGUCUCAGCUCUUGCAGGAAUUGUUGUAUGCUUCCUUCACUUGGACAACUAUCCUCUCUCAAGUCCUUGCGGAUUCAUAAUUUUGAUGGGCUUAAGACUGUUGGUACCGAAUUUUACAAGAACGAUAAUGGUCAUUCUUCUUUAGAAAGACCCUUUUUGUCCUUGGAGUAUCUGUCAUUUCAAAAUAUGCCAUGUUGGGAGGAGUGGUAUUCGUUUAAAGAUGAAGCUUUUCCUAAACUUAAAUAUCUUAGAAUAGAUGAUUGUCCCAAAUUGAGGGGACAGUUGCCUGAGCACCUUCCUGCUUUAGAAACACUACAGAUUUACAGAUGUGGUGAUCUUGUUUCUUCUCUCCCUCGAGCUCCCACAAUUCGCCAUUUAACUAUAUCCAAAAGCAUCAAAGUAAGGUUUGAAGAGUUACCAAUGUCAGCGCACAAUUUGUCAAUUAAUGGGUGCGACAUGGUGGGAUCCAUGUUUGGGGCCUUUGCUAUAACCCAACCUAACUGUCUCCGUGAUUUAAGAAUCUCUGAUUGUUCGCUUGCAGUAUCGUUUGUGGCGGAUUGUUUACCAGAAUGUUUGAAAAGACUGCGCAUCUGGAAUUGUGGAAAACUAGAAUUCCCGAAGCAACAACAUGAGCUGUUAGAAUCGCUGGAAAUCACCAACAGCUUUGAUUCACUCUCAUCUUUCCCAUCAGAAGUGUUUCCUAAUCUCAAGUAUCUGACAAUCUACAAAUGUAAAAAUCUGGAAUCUCUGUCGGUGGCACAGUCACAGGUUUCUAAUCUUCACAGUCUCAGCAUUAGUGAGUGCCCCAAUUUAGCGUGGUUCCCGACAGAAGGGUUUGCUGCACCCAACUUGACUGGAUUUGGUGUCAGCAACUGCGACAAGUUGAAGUGGCUGCCUGGUCGCAUGAAUACUCUGCUUCCGAAGUUGAAAGAUCUGUCAAUAAGGGAUUGCCCUGAAAUCGAAGCAUUUCCUGAAGGGGGUCUCCCGCCAAACCUGACAAAGCUUAAUAUCGAUAAUUGUGAGAAACUACUGAGAUGUCUGUCAUCAACGGGGGGGCUUCAGGGUCUCACUGAUCUUAGCAUUGGAUGUAAGAGUGGGAAGUCAUUCCCUUUGUUGCCACAGCUUCCCUCUCUUACCGCUCUGGGACUGUAUGAAUUUGAAAGUAUGGAGACAUUGGAUUGCAAGGGCCUAUCCCAUCUCACCUCCCUUCAAGUUUUGAACAUCUCAAACUGCUCCAAGCUGAAGAGUAUAGUGGGAGAAAGGCUGCCUCCCUCUCUGUUAAAACUCCAAAUAUAUGAAACCCCUUUGCUGGGAAAGCUCUGUCAAGAGAAGCACGUUGAAAUUUGGCCCAAAGUUUCCCACAUCCGUGGAAUUGAAGUUGAUCAUAGAUGGAUUAAGUGACUUAGGGUUACCAACAGCAACAGCGAAAACUAUUGCAUAUCAUCCUUUGACUUGCAAGAAGAAAUGAACGUACAGGCAUGGAGUUUACAAAGUCAAGAAAUAAUAAAUAAAUUGUGAUAAAGAAAAUUCGAUAACAAAUUAAGGAAGUUUAGUCGGCACUCAGCAGUGGUUGUUUCUUAAACCAUGUUUUUCAAAUUAGAAAAGGUAUCACGGCUACCUGUUCAGAUAAGUUAUUUUCGUUGGAGGAUAUACCCCUAUUGAUGGAGCUGAAGAGGGCUUUUGAUUUUACUGUCGUGAUAGAACAUCUCAAUUGCUGAAUAUUUACUGAGGAAGCUUGGCUUUUGAUAAUAACGGAAAUUAUAAUUCUUUGCCACCUGAACAUUUACUUCCAUGAAAGAAAAAUAGUUCUUAAAAGCGUGUCUUUACAGCAAGAUUUUCACAACUUGUUUGCUGGGACCAGUUGGAAGUUUGGGGAGCUCUUGGUGAUCAAUUUCAACUUCCAUGCACAAUUGAUGGCUCAUACACCAUAACAAUCUCAUAAUGCCAUUGUUGGGAUUCUUGGAGACACUUAGUUUUGUAGGAAGAAAGCAAUAUUUCUAUGACUACGAAUAAUGAUCUUCAUAUUCUCCUACUAUGCUUUGAUGCAACCUCCCUGUAUUUGUUUGCAAUUGACUCCGUUUGUUUGUGCACAAAAUAUUUGUUAUUUUUUAAACUUUAUAAACAUGCAUAAUGUUAAAAUCGUGUC